GCCUCUCUCAGCCCCAGCAAACGACCUGUCAGGCAGCCGUGGACUCAGACCCCAGAGAUGAAGGCCCUGCUUCUGGCCGUCAGCCUCAGCCUCAUUGCUGCCCUGCAGGCCCACCACCUCCUGGUCUCAGACGACGAGAUUCAGGAUGUGUCAGGGACGUGGUACCUGAAGGCCAUGACAGUGGACAGGGAGCUCCCUGAGAUGAAUCUGGAAUCGGUGACACCUAUGACUCUCACGAUCCUGGAAGGGGGCAACCUGGAAGCCAAGGCCACCAUGCUGAUAAGCGGCCAGUGCCAGGAGGUGAAGGUCGUCCUGGAGAAAACUGACGAGCCGGGAAAAUACACGGCCGACGGGGGCAAGCACGUGACAUACAUCAUCAGGUCACACGUGAAGGACCACUACAUCUUUUACUGUGAGGGCGAGCUGCACGGGAAGCCGAUCCGAGGGGUGAAGCUCGUGGGUGGGUCCCGCACCCACACCCUGCAACCCAAGCCUCCACCCGCCCUCCCUCCUCCCACGGCCUCCUGCACCCUCUUCCCCACGGGAGAAGCCACUGGGACCCAGGAACCCACUGCAGUUUCCUUAGGAUGAGUUUUCCUGAUAAAGGCCCCAAUUCCCACCCCUGGAGCUCAGGAUUUCGGAUGCCCCAGCCUAGGUCUCUGCAGCGAAGGCAGGAAGGAGCCGCGGCUGUUGGCACAGGGGCUCAGAGGUCGCACGUGUCCCAUGGCAGGCCAGGCCCUCCCCCGGGGCAGCUCCCUGCAGCGUCAUCCUUGAGCACAUUCCUGCGGGAUGUCCAGCAGUGGGGAGGAACGGGGAUGUGAGCAGGAGUCUGUGUGGAAAGAAUGUUCCAGCUCCCAGGGUUGAAUUCCGGAUGCGGUGGCUCCCACAGACAGUGACGUGUCAGUGCCAUCCUUGUCUGAGGACGAGGCCC